AUGCGCCCCUCUAUCCGCCUCCUCGCUGCAAUCUCUCACGGCCGGUCGUCGAAGCUGAAAAAGCCGGCGAUCAGUCUAGACCACUUCAUUCAAAGAGGACGCGUCCUGGCCUUUUGGCGAGAGGUCGUGCGAGCCUUGAACAAAAUCCCUCCAUCCGCUACACGGAAUGAGCUACACGAUUAUGCUCGACAGGAAUUCGAACGACAUCGGGAGGUGACAGACUUGGCACAUAUUCGAUAUUUGCUCUCGACUGGAAAAUCCGAGUUUGAGACCAUGAGACGAUACAUUGAUGAGCAGGUUACUUCAUAA